CUGACACAGUAGCCACGCCCCCUGCCUUUGACAUCACUCUCAUAACAGCUUUGCGCAGUUUGCACGAAAUGCUUCGUAUGUGAGUUAAAUCACGUAGUAUACUUCACCUUUGCACAGUCAUGGUCCACGUUAUGAACGCUUGGUUUAUGAAAAUAGCAUCGGAGGAUUUUCAGAUGCGUCGUAAACCCAAACACGUCGGAUUUUACUGGCCUUUCUAAGUUAUCUGUGCUAGGUGCACUGGAAAGCAACGAUUUCUAAUAAACAUGGCCUGGUCUUUGGGAUGUUGCCAUAAAGACACACCCCUCGGAGAGAUGAAUGCUGACCUAUUUUUUACCACGGUAUCAGAUGGCUCAAAAGAAAGUUCCACACCGACGUUGCAGGACACGUCCCGCUCAAAAACGGACAGCGGGAGGAAGCCAGUUAAAAUCCGUCCACCUAGCCCGAGAACCACUCCGAGGCAAACUGCAGGCCGCAGCCUGUCAUGUGAACCCCCAACCAAAUCCAUCAUCCAGAGGCGCACUCAGUCCCUUCCAUCUCCAUCAGAGAGAAGAAAGCUUAGUCGCAGAGCCAGCGUCCGAUUUGUGGACUCUUUGGGGUUGGACCUGGAAAAUGUCAAGGUUUUUAAAAGCGGCGAGGACCCGUUUGUCCCAGAGCACGUUCUCUUCCGACUGUUGAUGAAUGCAGAGCUAGCCUCGAGUAAGAGGAUGGAGAUAUCCUUACCGUAUUUGAAGCCCAUGUUCUCUGUCCAGCCGGGCGAAUGUUCAAACUUCACGGAUCGUCUGCGUUGCCAACAAGUAUGCCUGGAGCGGGUUUUGUGCUACGAGCCUGGCAUUAUAGGGAUCGUUCAAGUUGUAAAUUUGGCCUUUGAGAAGGAAGUGAGUGUUCGCUAUUCCUUUACAAACUGGAAGAGCUGCUCAGAAACCAAAGCGUACUGGGUUUCAAGCAAAUCUAUGUCAAACGGGCCUUGCUGUGACACUUUUCGAUUUCAUCUUCCCGUUCCUCCGUUUAUCCUUCACCCUGGGGCUGUGCUGGAGUUUGCGAUUUGUUAUAAAGUAAUGGGCGCUCAGUUUUGGGAUAACAAUGGUGGGCAGAAUUACAAAUUGACCUGUCAGAGUUACAACCUGCCUGUGCCGAAGGAAUGUGAAGACAGCAUGAUACACUUUAUCUGAGGACACUGAAAGUUAGAUUAACCUUCUUUUUUUUAGAGCACUAUUUUCACUUUACUUGCAACCCACCAGCAUUUUCACUGUGUGAGAUAUAUUGCUAAGCAUCUGGAGGUGCCAUAGCACAUUUCCUUUGUGAAUAAUAAUCUGAAGCCAUGUGAAAGAUGAGAUUUUUAACUAUGAUUUGUGACUGUUUAACUGGACUGUAGCACUGUAUUUCUGUACGUUGACUUUGAUCAUGUAAUGUAGAUUCAAAAAGUGCCUUUACUGUAUUUUCUACCUUUCAGAUUUGCACAUAUUUGUGUGAGGAUUUUAUUGUCACUAUGUGGUGCAGUUUCAAAAUACUUGUAUAUAUUGUAAACACAGAUGUUGAUGGAAUAAAUAAUAAGGAUGUGUUUAAUGGAAAUGUGGAAAACUGCUUGUUUUAAAGAACUAUCCAGCUUUUCUUCACUGUCCUUCAAACCUUCCAAUAAAGCCAUAUGUAGACACACAAA